AUGGUGGCUGGGUAUAAGGCUUACGCCGUUGAGGGUUUCUCCUCGAACCCUCCCAGAAGCUGGCCAAAACUAUGUCGUUUCGGGGGGUCGAGUUCCGUUUCAGGCUCGGUUUCGAUGCAAGAAGAAGUGGAAAUUGAGGAGGAAGAAGAAGAAGAAGAUCCAACUGUCGAGCUCUGCUAUCUCGACCCUGAAACGAAUCCCAACGGCCUUACUGAAGGGGAGCUUGAUUUUUGCUCAAGACCCAUUCUUGAUAUCAGAGGGAAGAAGCUUUGGGAGCUUGUGGUUUGUGAUGAGUCUUUGUCAUUGCAAUAUACUAAGUACUUUCCCAAUAAUGUGAUCAAUAGUAUUACUUUGAAGGACGCCAUUGAGGGAAUCAGUGAAGAUUUGGGUAUUCCUUUACCUGAUAAAAUACGCUACUUCAGGUCACAAAUGUAGACAUUUAUAACAAAGGCUUGUAAUGAGCUUAGUAUAAAACCUGUUCCUAGUAAAAGGUGUGUAUCACUGCUGUUAUGGUUGGAUGAAAGAUUUGAGACUAUAUAUACUCGUCAUCCUCGUUACCAGAAAGGAGCUAAGCCACUUCUCGCGUUAGAUAACCCUUUCCCAAUGGAACUUCUGGAUAAUCUUUUUGGGGAUAGAUGGGCUUUUGUCCAAUUACCUUUGUCAGCUGUUCGGGAGGAGAUUUCAUCCUUAGAAUCAAAACUUGUAUUCGGUUCAAGUUUAGAUUUGGUUUUGUUGGGGAUUGAAAUUGAUGACGGCACAUUGAUCCAAGGGUUGGCUGUUUCUUCUUCACGAGCUAAACCGCUAGCAGUUUCACUCUAUAAAUUGCUACCAUUUUCUUCAUACAAAUUUGGAAUUCCUCCCAAAGUAGCAGAUAAUCAAGGCUUAGAAACUAAGUUCUUUGACAAUAGCAUGAGUUUCAAGAUGGACAUGUAUUAUUUGUGGGCUAUUGGAUGUUUGGCUAGGUUUUCGAAUAUUUUGUGGCUCUCAGAGCCUAGUUUAACUAACAAGCCUGGUAUCUUUCUUUGCUUGGUGCAAUCUUCUAGAUCUCAAAAUAUGGAUGUUAUUACUUUAAAGAGUGCAAAUAGACCCGGGCAGAUUGAUAAUUCUGAUAUAGUUCUAAACAACAAAGAUAGUGAUGGUGAUGAACUAGAGCUUCGUAGAAUGUUGGAGGAAGGACGUGACUAUGUUCUAGUUUCCCAACAAGGUGAUGUGGGUAUUGAUUCUUAA